AAAAAAAAAAAAACAGUGUAGACCGCAGGAAAGCCUCCAGAGCUUUCUUAUCAGUAUUUCUUGACAACGUGAUAGUUAGAGGAAAUCGGGGGAAGACAACGCUAAUCUUUGGAUGAACUUGGGAAAUGGAGGACGAUGAGGCCAGGCGCGUGCUGGGCUUCGCCCCCAAUUCACGCCCCACGCCUUCUGAGGUUAAAGCAGCUUACAAAAAGAAGAUAUGGGAGUCUCAUCCUGACCUAUUUCCAGCCCAUGAAAAGCCUCAGGCAGAGUCCAGAUUCAAACUGAUUUCUCAAGCUAAUGCAUGCCUUCUGUCUGGUGGGAGAGGAGAUGCUCUAAAUUCAGCUGAGUAUUCAAGAGUUGUGAGAACUGGAGUCCCGAGGGCCAGUGGAGGCAGGAGAAAUCAUCCUUUAAUUAAAGCACCCUUCAUUUUCAUUAUUCUCGGUACAGUUGCACUUGGAGGCUUAAAUGCUGCGAGGGCAUACAAAAAGCAAAAGGAAGACUACCCUUCGCACAAUCCAUUUCUUCCUUGAUGCCUUGGAAUCGGGACUUGCACGUUUUUGUGUCUUUGUUGGAGGCAGAAUGACUGAGGGCCUGUGCCUUGUCUUCUGAGUUCUGAUCCAGGUUAAUCCUUCUGAUUGGGGGUAUUCUUUAUAAUUAAAAAUAAUAGAAUGAAAAAUAAUUUUAAAGAUUUUUUAAAUUAAAAAUAAAAAACUUAUUAUCAAAUAAUUAUAGUAUAAGAAAAUAUUUUCAUACCAAUUACACGACGAGUCAUAUGAUGUUUCUGUUACCAAGUUUCAUUUGUUAUUGUGUUAUUUAAUUUUUUUUCCUUCUUGUGAAACUUAUCUACCAACCAGACUACCACUUUUUGUUCUUUAGAAUUAAAGAUCUUUUUGUAUUAAAAAAAUUAAAUAUCUUUCCUAUGUAUGCAAUGCAGAAAACAUCUGAUAAUUUAGGAGUGCAUUAUGUUGCU